GGCGAGUCAAUGGUCACAACACGGACUGGUGGUCACAAUUAUAUUAGCCUUCCUUUAUAACUUCAUCAGCAGCUCAGGCACCACAACCAACAUUACCAGCGCUACAAACACUACCAAAACUACCCCAAAGACUGCAAGUUUUGACAUAACGUUUAAUAAGUAGUAAAGCGGUGAACAUAAACUCGUAUUGAGUUUUAGCUUAACUUAAGCUUAAGUUUAGAGAGUGAGAGAAGAGAGAAAAGUUAAGCACAACUUAUAACUCAAACUCAAGUGAACCUCCAAUACCUCGAAGACAAACAUACAGAAGGAGAGGGAGAAAGAGAGAGAGAGAGAGCACUCAUAGCUAUACACUAUUGAGCUCUUCUCUCAUCACAGCACUUGUGGAGUCCGUCUCACAACUAUUCACACCAUUGUAUCAAAUAUUGAAUCAACAACUUAACCACUUUUGGUAGCAUUUCUUGCAUUUUAUCGCCAAUGCUAACCAUUAUAACCAUUUGGUCACAUGUGAACCAAUUAGUUCUUAAAUGAGUAACAAUUCGUGCCAUUUGUGUUUUACAAGAGGUCCCAAACAGAGAUGGACGCCAUCCAAGUCAUGUCUUUAUGAUAAUAAUGAUUACGACAAAGAAAGACUUUGAAAGUUGUUAUAAAUGUCAAUUGUCUGAUCCGAGUGACCACAUAGACAAUCAAAUCAAUGACAGCCUUCUCACCCGGACUUCUUGGGUCGACGCGAGCACUGCUUUAGCUCAGAUCCAUAAGGGAAAGGCAUCGGGAAAUGCUUCGGCACUUUGGCUCAGAGCUAAACUCCAGACAUAUCUCUAUGAUUUGGGACAUUUCAUACAAAGAAAUGCCGGAAAAGUACUGUUUGUGGGUCUUCUGGUGCUCAUUACCUUCUGUGUUGGACUCAAGUCAGCCGUAAUUGAAACUAAUGUCGAAAGAUUAUGGGUUGAGGAGGGCGGAAGACUCGAAAAAGAAAUGAAAUACAUAAGAACCACAUUAGGCGAUGGCUUCGGUAGUACCAAUCAAAUUGUCAUCCAAACACCUAAGAGUACCGGAGCCAGCGUUCUUCAUGAAAGUGCACUUCUACUACAUUUGCAGGCCAUGAAAGUGGCCACUAAAGUAACAGUUGAUAUGUUUGAAGUCACUUGGAGACUAAAAGACAUUUGCUAUUCUCCAAGUAUUCCCAGUUUUGAUACUCAUUAUAUCGAUUCUAUGCUUGAAAAUAUAUUUCCCUGUGCUAUAAUCACACCGUUGGACUGUUUCUGGGAGGGGGCAAAACUAUUGGGUCCUGAAUUUCCAGUUCCCAUUCCUGGUCUCGGCAUAAGCGUUCAGUGGACUAAUUUGAAUCCUGAAUUACUUAUCGAUACAAUGAUGACAUCAAUGCGAGCAUCUGAAGGUCAACCAAAUAGUUUCCCAUUUUCAACAUUAAUUAAAUUCAUGAAAAGAGCGGGCAUUACAUCAGCGUAUCAGAAGAAACCGUGUUUAGAUCCGACAGAUGCCAACUGUCCCUCAACAGCACCUAAUAAACAGUCGGGUCAAAUAGUAGACAUUGGCGCUGAAUUGACAGGUGGGUGCUAUGGAUUUGCCACCAAAUUUAUGCAUUGGCCCGAAGACUUAAUUGUUGGCGGAGUUAAGAAAAACAAAACGGGACAUAUAGUUAAAGCCAAAGCUUUACAAUCAAUUAUUCAAUUGAUGGCCGAACAAGAAAUGUAUGACUUUUAUCAGCACACAUAUAAAGUGCAUAACUUGGACUGGAGUGUCGAUAAGGCCCGUAUGAUAUUAGAGGCCUGGCAGAGAAAAUUCUCAGAAGAGGUCCAAAAGUUUACAAGUAAUGACCAUAACCUCAAACAUCAAGAUAUUCAUCUUUUUACGAGUACUUCAUUGAUGGAUAUAAUGAGAAACUUUUCAGAUGUCAAUUUCAUGAGAGUUGCCAUCGGAUAUGUCUUGAUGUUACUCUAUGCCAGCUAUUCCCUGUCCAAGUGGAAUAACGAUAACGAAUCGUUUAGUAUAUUAGGUAUAACUGGUGUCAUAAUCAUCGGUCUAUCAGUUGCCGCUGGACUUGGCUUCUGUGCCUUAAUUGGCUUAUCAUUCAAUGCCUCUACAACUCAAAUAAUACCAUUUCUGGCACUUGGCAUUGGUGUUGAUAAUAUGUUUCUAUUAGCGCACACUUAUUCACAAAAUUUAAAAACACCGUUUAAGAAUAAGAGUGGUGAAUGUCUUAAACAGAUCGGAUCCAGUAUAUUGUUGACAUCAUUUGGCAAUAUCUGUGCCUUUUUGGCCGCAGCUAUCAUUCCUAUUCCAGCUCUCCGUUGUUUUGCACUUCAGGCUGCGAUACUAAUUGCCUUCAUAUCAGUGUCUGUUAUAUUUCUGAUCCCAGCGGUGGCCACCAUUGACAUGAAAAGAUGUCGAGCUAAUAGAAGAGAUAAAUGUCUUUAUAGUAGUGUCUCAAAGAGUGACAGCAAAUCCAGUGCUAAUCAACUGAAAUCGAGUCACAGAAAACUGUUAUUAAAUAACAAAUCAUCUAAUAUUAAGAAGAGUAUAGUUCAGGCGCCGCCACCCGACCGAUCACAUGUGGUCACUAUCAUAGCGUCCGAUAAGAGUUCUAAACAGCCUUUUCUUCCUAAAAUAAAUGACAAUAUAUGUAAAUGUACUGCAAAUGACAGUCAAGUGCGAGAACAAUGUGCUAUCAAUGAUGAAAAAGUGAGUCAACUGUGCAAAAAUGGUCACAAAUACACUUUAGCUUAUUUUGCGGACAAUUUUUAUGGACCUCUUCUGCAAAAAAAACCUGUGAAAGUGUGUGUCGUGUUCUUGUUUUUAGCUAUACUUAUAGUUAGUAUUUCAGGUGUGAUUAGAGUCGAUGAUGGUCUCGAUCUAACAGAUAUAGUUCCGCGAAAUACUAUUGAAUAUAGAUUUUUAAAUUUUCAAAGAAGAUAUUUUAGUUUUUUUAAUAUGUUUGCCGUAACUCAGGGGAACUUUGAGUACCCAAAUAACCAGAAACUUCUUCAUGAAUAUCAUCAAUCGUUUACUAGAGUCGGACCCAUCAUUAAGAAUGACGACGGAGGUCUCCCUGAGUUCUGGCUGACUAUGUUUAGGGACUGGUUGUUGGCUCUACAAGAAGCCUUUGAUAGGGACUGGAAGAAUGGCUGUAUUACUCGUGAAAAUUGGUUUCCAAAUGCAUCCGAUGAAGGAAUACUCGCUUAUAAACUAUUAGUUCAAACUGGAAGAGUUGACAAUCCUGUUGAUAAAUCAUUGGUAUUAACUAUGCGAUUAGUUGAUGAUAUGGGAAUGAUUAAUCCAAAAGCCUUUUAUAACUAUUUAACUGCUUGGGUAUCAAAUGAUGCAUUAGCUUAUUCUGCAUCCCAGGCCAGCUUUCGACCCGAACCCCGACAGUGGAUACAUGUGGCUCAAGAUGUUGAGUUAAAGAUACCGAAAUGUCAACCAUUAAUUUACGCACAAAUGCCAUUUUACUUAAAUAAUAUGCGGACAACAACUGAAAUAACAGAAACUAUUCAAGAAAUUCGUGCCAUUUGUCAAAAAUUUGAAGACAAAGGACUGCCAAACUUUCCGACAGGAAUUCCUUUCAUAUAUUGGGAACAAUACGUUAGACUUCGGUUUUAUUUAUUUUCAUCACUAGUUGUCGUAUUGGCCGCAAUAUUUGUAGUGAUCAGUGCUUUUCUGCUCAAUCCAUGGACCGCAACAUUAAUUGUUGUUAUGCUAAUCAUGAUUGUCAUUGAGUUGUUUGGUUUGAUGGGUCUUCUCGGUAUUAAACUAAGUGCUGUUCCCGCAGUAAUCCUAAUUGUUUCAGUUGGUAUCGGUGUUGACUUUGUUUCGCAUUUAACAUUAAGUUUUUUGAUGAGUAUUGGUAGCCGAAACCAUAGGAUGCAAAUGGCAUUACAGCAUAUGAUGACACCCGUAACUCAUGGUAUUAUCUCAACAUUGUUUGGUAUCCUAAUGCUGGCCUUUUCUGAAUUUGAUUUCAUCAUAAGAUAUUUCUUUUAUGUGUUGGUCGGUGUUGUAGUGUUGGGAGCUCUCAAUGGAUUGCUAUUACUGCCAGUUUUGCUGUCAAUAAUAGGUCCUCCACCCGAACUAAUGCCAUUUGAUUACGAAGACCGCAUCCCAACUCCAUCUCCGGUUUCUUCACCGACUGUCAGUCGCAAAAAGUUACGCUCAAUGAACGGCACAUAUUUUACACGUCGUUCAUAUCCAAGAGUUCAGUCAGAAAUAUCUCUGUCGACGAUAUCAGAAGAGCAACAAUCAUACCAUUCAUCUCAUGAAAUUGUUGUUCAACCAGAAUUUGUUGUCGAGACCACUACCAUAACUAAUCCCGUGAAUGGUUGUACACAAUCUCAAACUACCUCAGCAUCAGUUACGCCCACUUCUUGUAAUGAGACGACCGCAUCUGAGAGUCCCACGCCAUCGACAGAUCGCGAGAGUCCUGCUAUGAGUGAAAGUAGCGGAACCUCUUCAAUGAGUGAUAAUAGUUGUGGUACCAAAACAUCACUACCUCCUCAAGGUUUAAGUCAAUUACAAUCACAGCAUACGGUGACCACCAAAGUGAUGGCCACUGCAAAGCUUAAAGUCGAAGUUCACGCGCCUUAUAUUGAAAGAGAUUUCAAUUACAGCGGCAAUAGUCGGCCAAACAGUCGCAAUAGAGAUCAUUCCCGAAGACAUUGUCGCUCUGCCGACACUUAA